GUACGUCGGUGUCUGAAACGGGAGCAGAUUCGGUAGCUCAGACAGCUGAGACACUGCGAGUUUCCCCGUGAGACUCGGGUCCUGAGAACCUGUGACGGGGCCUCUACCGCGUCCGAUGUCGCCGUCUCUUCCCGGGUCCCCACCAGCCUGCGGGCGGUGGGCGUGCGGCCUGCGGCGCUCAUCCGGGGUCGCAGGUCCGGUGGUCCAUGGGCCGGGGGAGCCCAGCGCCUUCCGGCUUCAGCCUGCUCCAGGGGCUUCGCGGCGCGGAGGCGCUCGGCAGCGCGUCCGCCGCCGCAUUGUCGGCCUCUGUCGUUGAAUGCCGCCCGUUCUGGUUACAAGUUGCAGACUCAGUCUCUCCCCAGCUUAGACAGAGAUGCAGUUUCUUAGAAAGACCCAGGGUGCAGAAUCAGGGGUAAAACACAGGCAGGAACCUAGGCAGGCGGGUAGAGAGGAGGCCCCUGGUGCCCUUGCAGCACCCCCCACCCGGACGCCCGCCCCCAGCGCCUGGCCCUGCCCGCUCCCACACGGAGCCCCCCGGGCCGCAAGGCCUCCUCCUGCCCUCGGCCCUGGGCGGGCGUCCAGACUUCGUGGUGGAAAGCUCCCCAGCCCGCUGGACAAAGAGACAGCCGUGACUCCACGUGAUGCGCCCAAGAGCUUGGUGGAAACGACACAGCCCUCUCUUACAGGAGGAGAAAUGGCCUGGUUUCUUCCUCGCUUUGAUCGCUGAAGACGCAGUCGGGGCUGCUCGUGGGACAGAGAUGGCACGAGACGCCCACGUGAGAUGCCCUCAUCUCUGCUGCCCGGGCGCGUCUGGAGCGUCCACUCCGGCCGUCCUGACUCUGUCCUGGCUCAGGGUCCAGCGUUUGCACCGUCCUGAGUAAGGGCAGUGGCGGUGCCCGCCUGCAGCAGCAGCGGCGGGAGGGAGCCCAGCCUGAGGACGCGGCCCUUCCUUUCACCGUCUGCUCUGGGCUCUGUUCUCUGCUUUGUUUUCUCACUUUAUGCAGAUAUCUUAAAAUUUCUUCAUCCCCUGCUCCUAUUUUGCCCCUCCCUGUUGCCCCCUUCCCACUGGUAGUCGUUGGUUUGUUCCCCACAGCUGUAGAUCUGCUUCUUUUUAAAAUAAAUAUUCACUAGUUUGUUGGUU